UGACGCCCUCGCUGCUUUUACUUGGAACCAGUACAUAUAGCGAGCACUGUUCCUUUUUGCAGACAUACUGCAACAGCAUAAGCAGCAUUACACACUCAUUGCAGCCGCGCUGCAUCCUCGGACGAACACCGCAUCCUGCAAUUGCUCGCCUGACACCUGCCAACAGCCGUCUUGACCACAACCUUGCAUACACAGUCGAAUUGGCCAUUUCCAGUAUUGGCAGCCCCUAUUGCCAUACAAACAUCGACCAGACCGUGUUACAUUGAGCACAACACCACGGCCAGCACCACAUUUGCAUAUCGCACCGUCGACCCAAUUCCAACCUCAUCAUGCCGUCGCACCGCCGCAUGAGGCUCUUCGGCGUCCUCUUCCUCGUCACCGUCGUCGUAAUCCUCUACAUGGCCCGCUCGGGCACACAAACCCACGCCUCAGACUUCUACACCAAGACCCAAGAAGCCCUCCAGCAGCACGAGUUCGCCGAGGCCGCCAAACAGCGCGACGCAGACAGCGUAGGCACACGCCUCAAAGCCGCCGAAGAAGCUGCCAAGAAAGCCGCGGACGACAAGAGCGCAGAGUACCACAAGGCUGUCGAGGGCAAGGACAAGUCUGUCGCCGGGCGCGUCAAGAUCGAGGGCGAGAAAGCCUCACCCGUGCCGGGCGUUGCAGCACAGGGCGGGCGACCGCGCGACCAGGCGGCGCUGAAGGGGCAUCAGACGCCUGAGGACCACGAUGUGGAGAUCGAGCUCAAUGCCAUUCUCAAGAAGAGCCCUAUAAUCAUAUUCUCCAAAUCCUACUGCCCCUUCUCCAAACGCGCCAAACACAUCCUCCUCGAAAAGUACUCGAUCACACCCGCGCCCUACGUCGUAGAGCUGGACCAGCACCCGCUGGGCGCAAAGCUGCAGGACACACUCGCGCAGAUGACCGGUCGACGUACCGUGCCGAACGUUUUGGUGCAGGGGAAGAGCAUUGGCGGUGGAGAUGAUAUGCAGGAGCUUGAUGAGACGGAUAAGCUGAUUGAGACGCUCAAAAGCUUGGGUGGGAGUAGGGUGCAGGAUGUUGUGCAUAAGGGGACGAGGGAGAAGAAGGACGACACUAUGCGAAGGAGGAGAGCCUAGAUGGCUCUGAUUGUCAGACUGGGACCGAGGUUUGUGUUUUUGUGUAUUGUUAUGAUGGCGGAGACGGAGUUGCUUCUCGACUUGGCGUUGUGGGGCUCGGUAUUUGGCUUGCCUCACAUGUGGUUGGCCAUGGCGAUGAGAGUGCUUGAGUAUGUAUGAGCAUUGGUUCCGGGGUGUUGUUUGGGUUGGACACAGGCAUGGAUAUACCCUUGAUAGUUUAUCAGAAUGAGCAUCGCUGACAUGCAAGCAGAAUAGGCAUGAUAAUAUGCAUCAUCUAG